AGACGAGAAGAGGGAAGAAAUUACCGGACAAAGUAAUCGAUUGAGGCAACAGUUAACCAGAGCAAAGAUGCAGUGGAGUCUGUUUGUGCUCAUUCUGAUGGGUCUAGGUCAGUGUGCCUUCUCCACAUGUCCCCUCUAUAAGUACCACUUUAUUGAUAAGACUAAGACCUGGACAGAAGCCCAGAGCUACUGCAGAAAACACCACACUGACCUGGCCACAGUGACUAACAAGACAGACAUGAAGAGAAUCUGUGGCAGUGCAAAGAAUGUACAGUCUGGAGUCUGGAUUGGGCUAACAGGAACCAACAGGAAGUGGCACUGGUCUCUGCCAGGGGUGGAGUUCACUGAAACAAACUGGGCUACAGAUGAACCAAACGAUAGCUCGUUUCCUGGGAACUGUGUGCGUUUACAACGGCCCCAAAGUUAUAAAUGGGCGGACAACGGUUGUCUAGAGGAGUAUAAAUUCGUCUGCUACAAUGAAACAAAACAAGACGGUAAAAAGUUCCAUUUCAUUGACGAAAUCAAGACCUGGCCACAGGCUCAGAGCUACUGCAGAGAACUCUACACUGACCUGGUGAGUGGACUCGAUCAGUUAAAUGACACAAAAUUCAAGGAGGAGCGUCAGCAGCAUGAAGGAGACUUGUGGAUCGGCCUGUUCAGAGACAGCUGGAGGUGGUCAGAUGGCAGCAGUUUCUCUUUCAGAGACUGGGAUCCAGAGCUUCAGAACACAGCAGGAAAAGAAUGUGCUGUGAUCUUGUCUAAUGGCACGUGGAAGCCAGAAGACUGUGGUGUCAAACAACCCUUCUUCUGCUAUGAAGAUCACGUGAUCCUGAUCAACCAAAGCAUGACCUGGGUGGACGCCUUAGAUUACUGCAGAGACAAUCACCGUAACCUGGUCUCCAUCACCAGCCUCAACCAGCAGAGGUGGGUCCAAGAGAAAGCCAAGCAGGCCGACUCUGACUACGUCUGGCUGGGACUGCGCUACACCUGCACUCUGGACUUCUGGUUCUGGGUCACUGACCAGGCGGUCCACUACAAUAACUGGAACUCAAGAGUGACGACGGAUGACUGUGACAUGUCCGGAGCCAUGGACCGCACAGGAGAACAUAAGUGGGUCAAAAAGAAUGACGAGGAGAAGUUUAAUUUCAUCUGUUUCAAGUAAAAACCUUCUCUGCUCGCUGGCAGCAGACACUUUGUUUAUUUACUCACUUUGUUUGCAGUGGUGUGACGUUUAAACAAUAUAUUUGAUGAUGAUUGAAAGGCAUUCUGGGAAAUGUAGGAAAUAAUAGUCUAAGAGGGGAGAGGAAAUACUAAGAGACUUUCUAACAUCAUAUUUUAACCCUUUAUCGGGCGAAGAACUAUAUUUGGUAACUUCAGUGGAUAUCAAAAUGUCUCUCUGUUUGGUCGUAGAACCACAUGGACUUGUACGAGGAGAACUUGACGAUGACGGCAUAUUAAGGCCAAGUAUGAAUCAAAAUAAAAAUACAAACCGGGGGGGUGGGGAGGCGGGAGGUUGGUUGCAAAUUUACUAGCUUAAAGUUGCAAAUCU